AUUUUCAAUCAUGGAAAAAAAAAGCCCUUAAACUUCUAUCAAAUGGCCAGCGAUAUGCCGCCCUCCCGCGAAAUCAAGUUGGAGAGUGAGAAGAAAAAGGAAGGAGAGGCAAUCAAUCUGGAGCAGAUACAAAGUGAUCAUCCGCCAAAAUCAAAUGCUCCUACAGAUCCUGGUGUAACGGUGGCCGAUGAGCUGAAUGCUCGUCUGGCAAUGGUCCAGCUGCGUCCAGAUCGCGCCAAGCCCAUCAAACGCCUGGUCAAAUCAAACAUACCGGAACCACAGCAUAUGUAUCGCUAUUAUUGUGUCUGUCCUCGUUAUCAUCCCUGCUAUGUGCCAUGUCAGCAUACAGGACAAAUUAUCAUUGAUCGCGAUAUGCUGAAGCGGGAGGAGCACAUUUGUUUCCUGGCCACACCCAAAAAAGAAUUUAUAUCUCCUAAGCGACUGAAGCAGCCGCGAUAUAUUACCAAGAAGAUCUAUGUUCCGAUUUGUACGGCUCGCAUGGAGCGUCUAGCGAUUCCACAUCCGAUGCGUGUCAAAGAUACGUUUAAGUCUUUCAAGCAUGUGCUGCCGCCACGCCACAUUGCCGCACUGCAACAGCAAAUGAAACCCAAGCCACCAGUUGAGGCAAUGUCAAUGGAAAAGGCCAUGGAGUACAUGGAGGAAGAGAUGCGACAACGUCGUGCCCAAAAGCAACAGCACAAGAAACGUUGCAAUGGACUGAAGAAAAUGAUAUUGGAACGCCAGCGUAAGCAGAUGAUGAAAAUUGUAUGCGUACUUUUUGAAGAGAUGAAAGAUUUCCUGCUUAACGAUCAGUUCGUCAUUGACGAACACUCCCCACUCUGUGCUGUGAUCUUGGAGCGCAUCAAGGAGUUUACUGAACAAGAAUUCUAUACCACAAGUAACUUGCGGGACUAUCAACGCAUUUUGGCCAACAACUUGACUGUGUGGAUUAACAAGUUCAUAUCGAACUUGAAUAUCUACUUGGCGCCCCAACAGGUGCCUGUGGCACGUACAAUGCAUGCGGACAGGGAUGAAACAUUUGUGCCCAUGUCCGAUUAUAUUUCGUUGUCUGAGGAAAUGGGUGAGGAGAUGCUCGAUGACUUGGACUUUGAAUUGACCGACUACGAGGAUUUCGGUGAAGAAAUGGCGGUUCCAGAGAAUUUGCCAUCGGAGGAAACGUUGAUAAAUUAAGACGACGAACUCACCUUUUAAUUGAGACCAGCUGAGCUCCUUAUAUACAUCAUUACUGUGCCAUUUGGCGCUGUGAUUCUUCAAUAUAUCAACUGGCAUGGCUCGGAAGAGAAAGUGUAGAAAAUUCUGUGGAAUGUUUAAUGAAAUUUUAAGUGUGUUUUGAACAAAAUCGAAAGUAAAAUACAAAUUGUCCGACAUUGUAA